AGUAACCAUGUUUUUUUUUAGCUGCAAUAACCAUGUGUAAUUUUCUUAAGGGUGACGUAACACGCAUAGUAUGUGGCAAAACUUACAUUUAUUUAACAAGAAACACAAAUUAUUUGUCGUGUUGUUGUUGUUAUUCAGAACUUGACAUUUAAAAUCUGCGGUUAUGCAUGCAGUUUGAUGGGGCAGGGGAAUUCGUCUCGGGAAAUCACAAGCGCAUGCGCAGUCGCAACUAUAUGGGCGGCUGUGUCGUUUCGUUUUCACAUUCACUCGGUUUAAGUUCACAAUACUUUGGGGUGUUUGGCAUUGUUUGUGAAUAUUGAUAGAUGGACGGGACCGUUGUUUUAGACUCGACUGAAAAACGAUUACAGCGAAAUUUAAAGUUUCUAAGUAGGUGUAUGACAUGGGAUUCGGUUGAGAGGAUGUCCAGCUGUUUGUGUCAUUCACGCACAAUCACGGCGUAUGAAGCCCAGGUUGUCAGUUCUCAGGCCACAGACAUGCAAAAAGCCUCAAAGUUGAUGGAGAUCGUCAUUAAAAAAGGUCGCAGCGCGUGCAGCGCAUUCUUAAGAUGCCUUGGAAUCUGUGACCCGAAGUUGUACGAGAGUGUCACAGGAUCUCCAGCACCAUUAAGUCAUGAGGACCAUCAUCACUCAAAGGACAUCUCAUUUUCAGAAAAACAAGCCUCAAUUACAACCUGUAUUAUAAACAUACAUAACUCUUCUCUGCGGCACUGUAUUAUUGGGAAUAACAAUCAACAAUGCAUUACCUGUCACCAGGAACCUCUUCUUUCUCAGAAUGGUGCAAUAAAUGAUGAAAUGGAGGACAAUCAGCGCCAUGACCAGCUAAUACCAGCACAGGACCCAGUAAGUGGCAGUGACAUUCACAUGGAGAGCUCCCACAUAGAAUAUGUCAUUAUAGGAGACCAAAACAGCAUGACAGUCACGGAAACCUUGAACUCAGAUGUUGAGGAGAACACAGAAAUUGAUUCAGAUGUAAACAGUUAAAAGAUGUGAAAUGAGGGUAGGAGAGAAAAUUCACAUGUUUGGGAAGACACAGGUUGUACCCUCUUCUCAUUGUACUUGACCUGUGAUUCUUCAAUAGAUGCAUCAUUCAAGCUAUAAAAGGGUCAUAUUAUGCUUUUUAAACUUAGUGUGUAACAUUGAUGUUUGAAGUUACAAAGCUAACUGCAAAGUUAACUGCAAAGGGAAAUAAUCUCUUUAACAAAAAGCACUUUACAAUGAACAGCUGAUAAAGGACUAUACCAAACUUCUUGCUGGGUUUGUGACAUCAUAAACCCCUGAAUUCAAAUAAAUUCACAAAAAAGGGAGCGAGGCCUUGUCAAGCUGCUUUAGAAGAAGACGACAAAGAACAGCAGUUGCUUUAGUGGUGUGUUGUCAUCAUGUCAAAGUGUUUAUUUUACACUGAUUUUAAAUCCACUUUGUUUUGCCAUCCUAAUACAAAUGAAUGUUGAUGAAGUCUCACUUAUUUCAAGUUUAUACAUUUCUGUUUACCCUUAUUGAUAAAAAUUCAGCUCUCAAAUCUAUGACAAGAUGACAAGAUAACUUACAGUGCAUUUCAUUCUGUAGCAAUCACCACUAUACCCUUAUAUUUCCUUUAAAGAUAGUAUCAUUCAGUGUAAAAGCUAUCAUGUGUAAUACAAAGAUGUUGUGUGCAUGUAUGAAUCUAAUUUUGAAUGAUUGCAUCUGACAUUGCAUCUGAUAUGUAUAAGACGAUUACAGAAUUAAAAUACCUCUUAAACACCGAGCCGUACUUAUGUUACCCAAUCCUGCUGUAUCCUGAAGUGGCGUUCAGCAGCACCACUAAAUGCUCCAUGGGAGUCAAAUGCUCUUACAUGCAGUGAAAUCUACACAAAUUGUACAGCUUUCACACACUUAAUUUCCUUGCAAAUCUCGACCUGUGUAUUUUUCAACACAUGCUCUUAGCAAAAGACCAGUCACAACAAACUGUGCCUGCUUGACCAAUCAAAGUGUUUGAGACAGGCACUUUCUAAUAGGUAAUAAAGACGUAACAAAUGUGCAAAAUAUAUGAAAAAUAAUGUGUUUUUUGAACAAUCAACCAUGAAAAGUAUUCAAGUACACCACAGAAACAGAAUCAGAUUUCAAAAAAGGACAUAAUAUGACCCUUUUAAAUUAAGCCAUGCUCAGGUUCUCGAAAGGUGCUGCCAAACAAGGUCACAUUGAAACAUUAUUUAGCAUUUCAGAUCUUUCUAAACGUGUGCCAUGAUAGGGCCAAAAUGGCAUCUUUGUACUUUAAUUUUGUUUGGGUUCAACAGAAGUGUUUGAACCAUUACACAACUGACAUUGCAAUUAUUUGCAAUUUCUCAAUAAGUGCUUUUAAUAGUAUAUAGAUAUUUCCUGUUUUUCGUAAUCACUUCUAAGCAUUUGUAAUCCUAAUAUCUGGUGACUUUGAUUUUUUUGUUGUUUUUCUGUUCGGACAUCUCAUUCCAAAUCUUUGCUGGAGGACGUUUUUAAUGUGUAAAUCUGUGAUAUGAUUAUAUGUCUGUGAAUUGUGUCUCUAGAGAGAAAAUUUGUACUUUUCUCUUUUGAAUGCUGUGGUAUACAAUAUACAAUCCUAAACUAUGCCUCAGGUCAAAUGUUUAUACCUUUAUUACUUAAUGGUUUACUUUUUUUAUUUAUCUUGUGACUUUGUAAAUAUUUUUUAUAAAAAUGUAUUUAUAAAAAAAUUAUAUUACCUCUUUUAAGUGUUUGUUAUCAAAAUAAAGAACGAUUAUUUAACUUUUUAAUCUAGGCCUCAUGACUUUCCUUGAACAACUGACUCUAGUACCUUCAAGAUAAAUCCUUACAUUACUCAUUGGAGGAACGAGUUGAAACUUUUUUAUAUGUCUUUAUUGCUGUUUAAAAAUAAAAAUGCAGUGAAACUGGCUUUUUUGUAAACAUUCUUAUUGAAUAAUUGCCCUUUUGAUUUAGUUUCUUUUGAAUAUGUAAUUGCUUUUUUGCCAUGUAUAUCAUGCCCCAUGUUAUUCUGUUAUUUAUUUAUAUAUCUUCUCAGAUAUGCACUGUAGGGUCGUAGUGAGAUUUUAUAUUGUACCUUAUUUGUUUGUUUGUUCUGUUAAUAAUAAAAAAAUGACUCCAAUACCCAUAAUGCCGACUUUGUUUACAUGCGUCACUUCCUGUUAAUACGACUUGUAGCUCGUUGAUUCUCCGUUUCAAUCUGUGAACAAAUACUACCACAAAAGAUUUUUGUGCCAUUAAUGGAGUGAUCCUGACAUGCGAUUAACAUUAAAUAACGAGUAUGACGGUGGAUCAUUGUUAAAUCGAUAUAUGAAUAUUGCUUGCUAUCACUGAAUUUCCCGCUGCAGUGCAUGUGUAAGGCGGGCGCGAGGCUGUUUCCUGGCUAGUCGCGGCGUUUAUUUGAAACAGCGAGGGUCGUUCUUAAAAUGCAAGUUAUAGAUAUCGGAUCCAGAGAAGAUGGAAAAAUAUGGCACCGAAAACUAGUAUCAUCAAAACAUGGCGUUUUGGUAACUGUGAUCCGAAGCACGUCUGCUCGUCAAACUAAAACGGUGCGGUUCCUGCAAGUUGCUUUUGACACCACAGGAGAGUCGUUUCUUGCUGGUGAUCACCAUGGCAAUAUCUAUGUGUUUGACAUUAGCAGAAACCGAUUUAAACUGGUGCAGAAAACGGGUCAAGCGUGUACCGCCUUAGCUUUCAACUUGAGAAGAUCAUCAGAGUUCCUGGUUGCUCUUGCGGAUUACUCCCUUAAGUGCUUUGACAAAGAUACCAGACAACUAGUAAGCUGGAUGCGGGGUCAUGAGGGUGCCAUUUCGUCCUUGUCUGUCCACAGUUCAGGCCGCUUCGCCAUCAGCACAUCUUCAGACACAGCUCAGCUCUGGAACCUUGACACCUUCCAAAGAAAAAGAAAGCUCAAUGUUCGUCAGUCAGUUGGUGUACAAAAGGUCUUCUUUCUACCACACAGCAGCAUCAUUCUCAGCUGCUUUAGCGACGACUCCAUUUUUGCUUGGGAGAGCGACACACUUUUUUGCAAGUAUCAGCUGCCUGUUCCAGACGGGACCAGGAUUCAUUACAGGACAUUUGCCAUCACAAAAGAUGGGAAAACGCUUGCUGCGGCCGGGCGCUCCAGCUUACUGUAUUUGUGGUGCCUGGAGAGCCAACAGCUCUUGAGAGUAAUUCAGAUGCCUCCUAAAGUUAAGACAGUAAGACAUGUGGAUUUCCUGCCUGAUAGUUUUGAUGGUGGAUCCAACCAGAUUCUUGGUGUUUUAAGUCAAGAUGGCAUCAUGCGCUUCCUCUGCAUACACACGUGCAAGCAGCUCUUUGAAAUAGGAUCUCUAGAGGAUGCCAUCACAUCAACAACCUUUUGUCCUAAGGGCCACCAUAUUGUUGCUGUGAUGGACAGUGGGGCUCUUAAAGUGUAUGAUGUGCGAAGUCUUGCCCCAGAUAUCAGUAAACCUCCCCAGCCUUUGUUGAAACUAGUAACUAAAAGCAACAUCAGUGAGGGAUCAUCACUGAAAGUAAAGGUACAUACUGGAGCAGGUCAGCACCCUAUCAAAACAUCAGGACGCAGAAUCCAAACUAAAAUCCUUCCAACGACUGCUGUUUCUGCACUGGACGACAAAGAGAAUGGUUUGCCCAAUGGCCUAAACAAGAAAAGACUACAAGCUUUAUUGAGAGCAUUUGGAGAGUACCCAGCCAAAUACAGGAUGUUUAUUUGGCGCUCUCUGUUGCAUCUGCCGGAGAAUCAUGCAGCUUUCAGUAGUCUGACUGACAAAGGUCUGCAUUCAGCUUACCUGUGCCUUCAGGAGCGGUAUCCCAUCAAAAGCCAAAAACUGCAGAGAGGCCUACAGAGGGUUCUGUCUGCUCUUGCUCACUGGGCGGCCAUCUUUGGUGAGACUGAUUAUCUCCCCCUGCUGGCCUUUCCAUUUGUCAAGUUGUUCCAGAACAAUCCUCUCAUCUGCUUUGAAGUAGUGGCCACUCUCAUCGUAAACUGGUGCCAGCACUGGUUUGAAUACUUUCCCAACCCUCCUCUUAAUGUGCUGAGCUUGGCUGAGAAUGUGCUGGCACAUCAUGAUAAAGAGCUACUUCAGCAUUUUGUCACCUGUGGCGUUACCUCACAGAUGUAUGCAUGGCCACUUUUGGAAACCCUGUUCUCUGAAGUAUUGAUGAGAGAAGAGUGGCUAAAACUAUUUGACAAUGUUUUUUCUAAUCACCCAUCUUUCCUUCUAAUGGCUGUGGUGGCUUAUGUAAUCUGCUGCAGAGAGCCAUUACUGCUCUGUACUGACAAGAAGGACUUUGAGUACUUUUUUCAUCAUCGGAAUAGCUUGGACAUUGUUGCCAUGCUGAAGGAAACCUAUCGGCUGAUGGAGAGCACACCUGCAGACGUUCAUCCCAGCUCUGUGUUGAGUGACUUUGAACCCCUGACGCAGGGGCAGUACCCAAUCUUCAACAAAUACCCCACCUUCAUAGUAGAGUAUCAGUCCCAAGAACGUGAGCGGAUCCGUCAGCAAGAAGUGGAAUAUCUGAGGGAAAGACAGGAGGUUCAGGAGCUGCAUGCUGAGGCAGUCAGACAGCAGGCUGAGUUUGAGGCCUGGUACAAACAGCAGGAGCUGCUACUGCAAGGAGAAGAACAACGUCGAAGAAUCCUACAAGAGGAGGAGAAUAAACUUGCACAGCAAAGAGCCAGAUUAGCUGCUAUGAAGCGUGAGCUGAAGGUGAAGGAACACAAUCUGAUCGACUCUACUAGAAGACGUUUUCUUAAGCACCAGCAAGAUCAGCGCAGAAUACAGCUGCAAAGACUUGAUGAUGAGAUUCAGAGAAAGAUGGCCCUCAGAGAUCAAGAGACGGUUGCCGCUGUUUAUGAUAUAGAAGUGAGACAGAUGGAGCUGAAUGCACAGAAACAGCUGUUUGAACAGGAACUGGCCAAUGAGCAAGAGCGUGUGAGUCAGGAGGUGAGAGCAGAGUUGGAAACAAGGAGACGCAAGGCUGAGAUGGAAGAUUCCACAUUUCAAAGCCUUAUUCAGACAGAUGCUGAUCUUAACCAGACUAACAAAAAGAUGCUGGAGGAGUCUUUGGCGGAGGCUGGACAGAUGAAGGUGGAUGUUGCUUGGCAGGCUGAGAUGAUCAAGCGAUUGGACAGAGCAGAGGAGAAACAAGAAAAGCAAAAAGAGCAGCUGGUUAACCUCAGCAAGCAAACUCGUGCUAAGGAAGAAGAAGUAGUCCGGCUAAUGCAGGAAGUGGAGGGAAAGCAGUGGGAUGAUGUGGUAGCAAAACAAGCUGAACUUGAAGAGGAAAGAUUGGCGGCCGCCGCUGUAAGUGCCCAACGGAGGUCACUUAUCUUUCAGGAAACAGAAGAGGCUAAGCAACAUUACAACAAAUUACAAAAGGAUCUUGAGGAUUCACGGCAUCAUCAGAAGGAAAAAAGGCUCAGAUCUCCUCGCUCAUCCAGAGGGCUGCUGCACACCACCAACAUGAACCAUCAGCCUGUCUCCAAUGAUUCUUCAUGCUUUUCCUUAGAUCGUGGCAGAGGAGAGCUUGACUGUAAGGAGCGGGAGUUAAUGCAAGAAAUCAGAGAACUGAGGAAGAAAUUAGCUAACAGGGCCAGAGCGACUGAUUUCACCUCACCCUCAAACAGCUCCAUACAAUCUCAAUGACCACCAGCAGUACAGGACCAUUACGGGUGGAUCCAUAUACAUUAAAGAAGAAUUUUAUGAAAUUGUUUUUAGAUGAUAGAUGUUAGUUUUUCCUUCUUUUUAAUGACACUAAUUCUUUGCUGGUUGUAAAAGCAAAGUGUUUUAGCUUUAAGACCUUUUAAGUGCCACUAUCAGUGUACAGUUGUUAUUUAUGUGAUGUUGUUUUUAUUAAUUGUUUAAAUUAUUUUUAUUUUGUGUGAUGUAUUUUUGUGAAAUUAAAUUUAUAAAAUUUUCUCAAUGGAUAUUUUGUUAAAGCACACUGUCAUUUGUAUUUUCAUUUAGGUUUUGUAUGUGACAGUAAAAAUGUGUUGACAAUUUUAGAAUAAACUUUUAACUUUU